AUUAGAGAAUUAAUUGAAGAUCAAUUUCAAGAUUCCCAGGUUUAAUUUAAAUAUAAUUUUGUUCAUAAUCUUUAAUUAUCUAAGAGCCAAGAAGCCUGUACUUCUAUAAUUCCUUCUUAGUUUCAUGAAGACUAGAGUAUUAUUGCAGGAGAAACAAGGGCUGAUAUUCAAAGUCUUUGCUUAUUGUUAAAAUCGUCUUAAGCAUUUCCUAUCCCUGUCUAUCCCAUAUUUCCAAUCUGUUCUGUGUACAGGAAACAGGGACUAAAUAUAUUUGAAUAUCGUUUUUAAUUCAUUCAAAAUGAAGAUUAAGAAAAGAUCCAACGCUGUGAGAGUUCCGCCGCUAAAGAAAGCUAUAAGAAUCAAACGGAAUCCAUCAGAUGUAGAAUCAACUGUGUCUAAAGCAAUAGAAAAUGUUAAAAACGUUCUGAAGAAGAAGAGAGAGAGUAUUAAAGCAGUAAAACCAGUAUCAACUCCAAAAGCAAAGGAACCACGAAGAAAUGAAGUUCGUAGUAAAAAGAGAGUUCAAGAAAGGCCGAAAAUAAUUCGUAAGAGAGAACCACGAGGUGUAGUUUACAUAGGACAUAUUCCUCAUGGGUUCUAUGAAGAACAAAUGUCAGAGUAUUUUAAACAAUUUGGCAGAGUAACUAGAGUACGUCUUGUUAGGUCAAGGAAUAGCGGGAGAAGCUGUGGUUAUGGAUAUGUAGAAUUUGCUGUACCUGAAGUUGCAAAAAUAGCUGCUGAAACAAUGAAUAAUUAUCUCAUGUGUGACAGAUUAUUGAAAGCUACUUAUAUUCCUGUUGAAAAACAACAUCCUGGCUUCUUUGCUGGAAAAUCAUGGUCAAAGGAAAUUUAUCCCAAAGCGAUAAACAGAAAGGAAGUAACUAGAAUAAGAAAUGGAAAUAUUAAAAGACGAGAGCAUAAAAGUUUUGUGCAAAGUACAAAAGACAAACUAUCUAAUUUAGAAAAGAAAAUGAAGGAGCAAGGUUUCGAUAUGGAAUUCAUACCAAUCGAUAAUUAAACAAAAAUACGGAAGUAUCGUUAAUGUCUUUUUAUUAAAUACAAACAAAUGGAAAAUCUGUUUUACACAAUUUCGUAAUACAGACAAGAAAAUUAGCUACUACAGAAAUAUUUGCUUUUUUUUUAUGUAAUAUCUAUGUACAAAAAUAAUUUGUUAAGAACCAUUCACUUUCUCUAAUCCCGUUUUCGCCCUCUUCCAUUUCAUGCGUCUGUUUUGAAACCAGACCUUCACCUUCAAAAAGCUGCAAUUAGUUAACUUGUAACUGAUUUCUCAAGCGCACUUCGUAAUGUGUAAGAGUAGUUUAUGUACCUGGCGUUCUGUUAAAUCCAAAGCAACAGCUAUUUCAUAACGGCGUAAACGUGUGAGGUAAUUACUAUGCGCGAAUUCGUGUUCAAGAUGACGAACUUGAUACUUCGUAAAUGCUGUCCUCUCCUUGCGAGGUUUGUCGCCGGUUCUUUUAUUUCUCUCUGUAAUAAUAAAAUCUUCUGUGUUUUAAUGCGCAAUGCAGAAAGUGAUAUUCACAUUCUUAUUCCAUGUACAUAAUUAAAAUUCGAUAGGGACCAAGGUUCUCCUGGCUCUCCUAUCUAAAAAUUAUUGAAAUAUGUAAAAGUAUGUUCAACACGAGCUUAUUUUUAUUUUAUAAUAAAGAGUAUACUUCGAUUAAAAUGCAAUAUGCAAUGCAACUAAAUGCAGACAAUAACGAAAGGUGGGAAAGCAGCGCAGCAAGGGUGAAUCUGGCCUCCCGUAGCAAAAAAUUUUACAAUUAGUUAAGGGUAAUGAGUACGAUCGUGUUUUAUCUAAAUAACGGUUUGAGAGUUAUUGGCAAAAAACGAAAAUUUCGCAAAAUCUAAAGGAACACCUCUGGAAAUAUCUCGGAAAAAUUGAAAAUUUUUUUUUUCUCAAAGUGUAUCAUAUUCGCGAUGUUCUUUAACUGAUGUCAAUUUUUAAUCUGUUACGCGAUGCAUUGUAACAGUUAAAUUGAAACCUAUACAUGUGUAUUCGAUGCGUCAUUAGCAAUCCCGACAGUCUAGCUGGUUAACAAACGUGCCGCUAAAAUGUGGGUUGUCGGAUCGCGCGAUAUCAUCUGAAGACGAUGAUGCAUAAAACGUGAUGAAAUCAGUAGCGGAGCCCUUAGCCUUGCUUCCGUACCGCUAUCGCAUCUAGCUCAUAUAGUUAAGAGCAAAACUGAGCACACGCUAUUUGAAACAUCUAUACAUGCAUAUAUAUAAAUAAUUUAUGUAUAUAUAAAUAUUUAUAUAUAUGUAUUUUAUAUUUAAUUAUUUAAUAUCUGCAAUAUGCAAUGUAUAGGACUCAUCUAAAGAAGCAAUACCCGGACGUUCUGAGGAUAACCGAGGCAGAGCGAGCGAAAGAAUUAUACUAUUUUAUAUAAUCUAUUAGAAUCUGUUAGAAAUAAGAGCCUUUUGCCUAAAUGAGUAAAUGUUAAUUAUUUAAUGUAUGCUGCACCUAUUUUUCUGGUAUGCGUAUGGCACUGUUUUAAAAAGGAUUAAAAUUGAGGAACGUAUUUUGUGGCAUCAGAAACUUUUAUCUUGUCUUCCGAGGAUUACAUGUGUCCAUCUCUUAUUACACAUGUGGUGAUGUAAAAUGAAAAAUGGUAUAGCUAGUAUGCGGUCUGUAAAUGUUUAGACUACGUUGAUUCUAUUAUUGCCGCACUGGCGACAAUAUGUAAAGACGUAUGUGUAUAAUUAAACGUAAAUGAAGUUAGUACAACUUAAUUACUCGCGUAUGCAUUAAUUCGCUCGAACAUAAUUCUUGAAUAAUGAAUAGUUCUCUAUAUCUGAAUAUCUUAUUCUUAUCGUCAGAAUUAAAAGACGAACUAUCAUAAAUUGUGGACUUUAUGCAAUUAAGAAAAAAUUUUACGUGCAGAAAUGAUAAAUACCUGCUGUAAUAUAUAAGAUAAUUUGGAACAUCGAAAUUUAAAUGCAUAAUUCAGUGUUUAAAGAUUCGUAGUCUAUUCAUAAAAGAGCUCAAUAAUAAUAAUGUACAUAGUAUGUAUGUAUGUGCGUGUAAUUAUCUUACCAUGCUCUUCUCGUUCUUCGGAACAUGCAUCGCUGUUAAAAGAAUUGUCGCUUACAUCAAUCGCGUAAGAAUCUUGCCAUGAACGAUAUUUCAGUUCAUUCAGAACACUUUUUGGUCCAUCGUUUUCACACGAUGGGACUUCCCACGCAGAAGACGCCGACGCAGAUGUACACGCAUGACGAUCCUGGCUUUUCACAGAUUCCACCGUGGAAUUUACAUCACUUUUUCCUAUUGAUUCGUCAAUUACACUCAUUUCAUCGAGACUAGAAUUGUGAUGCAAAUAUUGCUCGCACCUUUUUAUGAGAAAAACGCGUUAACUUAAUAACGAAAUUUUCGAACAUGCAAAAGUGAAAAUGCAAAUCGUCAUUGAAAAAAUUAAUACUUAAUUAUGUUUAUAACUUAUUUUUAUUAUUAAUAAUAUUUUGUAAUUAUUCUACCUGUGCAUUCGACAAUUUCGGUUCAUAUCAGGAAACUGAUUGUUCGCGACAUAAAAUGAUGGCAGAUUAUUUUCGCUGAACGUAGACGUUGAGACAUUACCGCAAGGAUUUGAGAAAUUAUUCCAAACGUAUUUAUGGUAACGCAUAUACGAGUGAUCCCUAGUCUCAGAAAAAUAACAGCUCUGAAGAUUCGCUUUAGAGCAAGACGGUAUUAACGGUGUUUCGAAAAAAUUACAACUCUUCUCGUCUACGUUUUCCGAGCAAGACAUUUCAUCUAAAAUGAAGAAAUCUUGUAAGUAAUUUUUCGCUCGUUGAAAGUAGGAAUGAAAAUAUUCUACGCGCUUGACUAAAGAUUAGAAAUCCAUAAAAGAUGAAUGCAGUAUUUAUUUAAUAAGAAAUUUUAAUUCCUCUGUAUAAAAAAAUUAAUAUUACAGCCGUAAGUUUUCCAGUUUGAAUCCAAUAAAAUACAAGCAGAUAUUCAA